GAUGAUAUACUGUGUAUAUCGAAUGAUACCAAUUUCCUAAAGUCAGAGAAAGAGUUAUUAUGUCAAAGAUUCGAAAUUGUUGAUCAAGGUGAAGUUCACUACAUUCUAGGGAUGUCUAUCACAAGAGACAAGAGAAACCAAACUAUGUUUGUCAGCCAGCCAAGAUACACAGAUGAUGUUCUAAAGAGAUUCAAGAUGGAGGAUUGUAAACCUGUAUCAACCCCAAUAGAGCCUGGGAAAAGAUUUGAAAGAAUUUCUGAAGAUGAUGAGCCCUUUAAUCAAUCUUUAUACCAACAGGCUAUUGGAUGCUUGACAUACUUAUCUACUGCUACAAGACCAGAUAUUGCUAUUGCAGUCAGCAUUUUAUCCAGAUUCAUGUCUAAACCAAGUAAAGACCACUGGAUGGGAAUAAAACGCAUUUUACGAUAUUUGAAGGGAACCAUAAAUUUUGGUUUAAGCUUUCUGCAGUUGGAGAAGACCUUGAGAUAUUUGGAUUCUCUGAUGCGGAUUGGGCUGGAGAUCCUGACACUCGCCAUUCAACUUCAGGGUAUGUUUUUCAAAUUGGAAACUCUACAGUCAGCUGGUGCAGUAAGAAACAAGCCACUGUAGCAAAGUCUACAACAGAAGCUGAGUAUGUUGCCCUUUCACUUGCUGCUCAAGAAGCUAUAUGGUUGCGUCGCCUGCUAUCUGAUCUUGGACACAAUCUCAGUUCACCAACAAGUAUAUUGGAAGAUAAUCAAGGAGCAAUUGAACUCUCUAAGAACCCAAAGUUUCACAGCAGAACGAAGCACAUUGAUGUUACAUACCAUUUCAUCCGGGAAAAGAUUGAGUCAAAGGAUAUUUCAGUGACGUAUUGUCCAACCAACAAAAUGGUAGCUGACAUUAUGACUAAAGGACUGCCUAAAGUAUCCUUUCAAAAAUUUCGUAAUUUACUUAAUGUUUGCUACGUAUCUGGACAUUAAUAUUCAUAGAUUAUAAUCAUCAAGUGGGAGUAUUAGAAUAUAUGAUUAUUAUCAUCUUAUGCUUGCUGUAGUCACGUGUUACGUUAUGUUUAAUCUUAUUGGACAAUGAACUCUUUUGAUAACUUACUUACCACGCUGCUUUUACACUCGAAUAUGUUAGCCGUUGUAUUAGGCCUGGUUUUGUUCAAUUAACGUUUUAUCUUCAUGUUUGUUCGUAUUCGUGCCUGGUCACAGCUUCGGAUAAAUUUAAAAAAAACAAAGCCCUCAAAUAUCCAGAAGAACAACACCAAAUUAAUCAUUUCCAAAGCUGGCAUCAAGUCUAUUUCCAUCUUACUUGAUAGUUUAGAAAAUUCUGGCGAUAUUCACUGUUUUGGUCUAAGGCAAAUUAAGAUUAAAAAGCUGCAUCAAAAAUCCUUUUAUUUUUUUAUAAAAGUAAAAAUGUAUUUGCUAGUUCAUAAUUGCAAUGCAACUUCAAAAUACUUUAUACUAUCCACUCACUAAUUCUAGAUUAUAGAUUACUUUCCGACAGAAAAUAGUGCCUCUGUGAAAUUAGCAACCCCCUCCCUUUCAAAAUUCCCUCUUGUUUGUCUUUGAUGCCACAGCGAAGUUUUAUCUUCUGAUUUGCUCGCAAUUUGUUGUUUUGCCUACGUAGACCCCAGCCUGUUUGCCUACGUAUGACCAUAGGUCUCCCUUGCCAUCAACGACUGCAGUUUAAAAGAAAGGUAGUUAAUGCUCCUGGAAAAUUAACGGCGAACGAAUUACAUCAAACUGGCAAUUUUAAGACUUUGUAAUAAGAUGAUAAAACUUGUAAUUUCUAGGUAACUUGUAAUUCACUUUUUUAGUUCAAAUAUUACUCCUUUUUUGUAUUAAUAAUAGACGUAUAGGCCGAAAUGGCCCUUAAUCUACUACAGCAAAACAAAACAUCGUAAAUGGUUAAUUAAAAUUGCUACAUCUAAAAUAUUAAUACAAAUGGCUACAAAAAUCAUAACAUCUUAAAUAUACAACAGCAAAAUGAUCAUCACAAUUUUUAAAAGGUCAGAUAAAUAUCACGCUUUUGGAAUGCUCGCCUUACUGUUGUCGCAAGAAUUUGAAUCAAAGCAUUAUCUUCUUGACUCAUCAACAAAAUAAAUUUGUUUUCAAGACUAAGAUUUUUUAUAUAGGGAUACCUCUCUCCAGUAUUCAUCAACAGUUUUUUCCUAUCGUCCGAGUGAAGGGGGCAAACCAUUACAAAAUGAAAUUCGUCUUCUAAAGUUUUCCAUCUAAAGCAUAGGUGGAAAUUUCAGGCAACACUAUUUUUAGCUAUAUGUUGGAAAACUGACUGAGUUCUGUGCACCAAAGAACUCACUCUGGAUCCGCAUCUGGACUAUGAUUUCAUUUAGAUUUGAUCCUCUAGGCUCUUUGGCACGUUCAUGUUUCAACUGCUAAUUGGCAAACUGAAACAGUGAGAACCAAACUCUACAUUACAACUUUUCAGCGUCGCGCGAAUGACGAGAAUGAUUGCCAGAAAAUCGAUUAUAACUGUCAAAUAGCGUUCCGCCUCUGGAUAUUAAUUCUAAGCGUAAGGUUGUAUUGUAAGGUAGUAAAAAGUGCUUCGAUGAGUGGAUUUUCCUGCGAACUGGAAACAUCAAAAUUCGAAAAUUUACCCCACCUUCUGCAGCAACCAUGCUGUCGCGUCAGUUAGUAACUUUCGUGCAACACAAACAAUAAUCUGCAACCUACCUAAGUAAAAUGGUUCCUUUUGGUUUAAUGAUUAAAUUACGUCUUUUUUAAAAAAUUUAGAGCGUUCAGAAUAAAGAAAAAUCACGGGAAAAGAUCUACAAAGAAGUUUCUUAAUAUAUGUCCUUUGUCGUUUUAGAGUCAUUUUGUUAUAUAAGCGAUUCCCCCACAAAUAAUAUCAAUCUUGCUCUAAAGAGCCGCCCUUUCUUGUUGUUAAAUUCAUGUCUUGUCACAAUCUUAAAGUUUGUGCGACUUUUUUUAAACUGGAAUUCCAUUCUUUCUCUCUGAUUGCCUAGCCCCCCCCCCCAAGGGCGCCGGAGCCACGGGGGCAGCGCGGGGGCAGCAAAGUGCCCUUUUCAAGAAAUUGACUUCCGAGCAAUAUUAAUUGGUUUCUUUUUCGCAAAGCCAAAAUUACCACGAAUUUCUGUAAGCAGACCAUUUCAAAACUCAACCAUUUGUUUUGGUUCCCUAUUAUUACCAAAACGUAUAAGAUUACCGAAACGCAUAAUACACCGGCAGUCCUGACAACUGGUUAGUUUUCUUUUUAAACUUUUACAGGAAAGUUUGCGUGAAUAUGUUUCACUUUGAGUUUAUCGUCUAAUUGAUUCAAGGAAGCCUCUCUACUGGUGUUAAGCAAUAGCCAGCUAAUUACUGAAUCAGUUCUCUUCAGCUUAAGGGUGGAAGAUUUGCAACAUUGCCAUUAAUUAUGUAAAUGUGGUUGGAUAACCCUGUUAUGGUAACUGAAUGCUAACAAACUAUCACUUGUUUGAAACAGCUGGAGACUUCAGCAACUAACAGCAGAAGAAAAGACACAUGCAAUCAUUAACUGGAGACUUCAGCAACUAACAGCAGAAGAAAAGACACAUGCAAUCAUUAAGAAAGAUUUCAGUCAAUCUUUUGUCCAAAAUGGGAGUUUUUAUGCUCGCGACGCUGCUUGUCUCAUUGUUUUGCUUUGCUUUAAUCAAGUCAGACGAGAGUCAAAGUACAAGGAAGUCUGUCUUUAAAGAGGUGCACAAUCCAACUCAGACAAUAACAAGCAUGUUUCAUAAGACCUUCUAUCAAUGCAGCUUGGAUGACACCUGUCGUUACGUUGUUAAGGAUGUCGAGACCAGCAAAUUUUAUAAAUUUAAAGAUGAGCAAGAUAUCCCGACUGCGAGAUUCAGCCUCAUUAUAUGGUCUAAGAAGAAUUUAAUUCCCGGCGUUCAAGAGAAUAUUGCCUAUAAGAAGCCCUCUUCCAAAUCUUCAGCUUAUACGUUUGGUGGAAUACAUCUUGUUGCCAGCUUUGGAAAUGAUGGGGACAGAGGUGGGGACUGGGAGCGAUGUAGUAUCACGAACUCUGAUAUGGCACCCUGGUGGCAAGUGGACCUUACAAGGCAAGCUGCAGUCACAAGUAUUCAAAUAAGAAGUGGCGUUACUUGGGAGCCUGAAAAAAUCAAUCCAUUCGAUGUCAGUGUUGGGGAUGAUAGUUCAAAUGGCGGACGAAACAAUGCACUUUGUGUAGAAAGUGGAACGUUGGCAAGCGGUGAGUUAAAAAAGUUCGAUUGUCCAAGGCUAUUGUUCGGUCGGUAUGUGACUGUAUUCUUGAACAGGCAAGAAUAUCUUCAAGUAUGCGAGCUUGAGGUCUAUGAAAUCUAAACGGACUGGUUUCUGUAAAAUAUCACUCAGUCCUGCUUCCUUUAUUACAGCGUCUACUGUCUGCAAACUGCGAACUAGAAAAUUAAUGAAUGCUUUUAGUCCAAAAAAGUGGGGGGGGGGCUAGAUUACCCCCCCCCCUCGUCGCCACCACCGACUUUGCUAUUUUUCUCAGUUGCUUUGAUAGAAGAAGCAGGAUUGGAUUGAAAUUUCCCGCACCUUGAAAUUAUUGCCUUGCUUUUAGCCAAUAACAACUAGCCUGUGUCCUAGACACCGCUACUUUCAAGUUAGGGGUCUGGAGCACAGGCUAAUAACCUCAUAUCAUUUUUCUUUAUGUAAAACACCCUAGAAUAAUUCUUGGCGAUUUGUUUAUGCGGCCUCGGAUCAAGUUGCAUUUUACCUGCAUUGAAAAUGGCCUAUGGAUACAAGUUGAAAUCAACUUCUAUGAAUAUGGAAGCGAACCUAGGCCAUUGCUGCAAAAUAUUUCUCUUGUGAAUCUAUCAUAACAUAAAGAGACGUUAAUAAAUAACUUUAAAAACCGUAUUAAUUCUUACUUUAUUUGAGUUAUUUAUUUGGUUUCUAUAGCCAUUUCCAGUCAAAGAUAUUUUGAAUCUUGCAACUGUAAAAGAUUGGUUUAUUUCACAGCUUGAUGUAACAUGAGCACAAAUGUAUGUCACUGUAUUUUGAUUAAAUUAUAAUGUUUAGCUAAAGCAGUUAUAUUGUUUCCGUGUGGUCACUCUACACAUGUAAAAAGGAGUGCAUUUCUGCAGGGUGGGGGUCGUUUAAAAGUUUCAUACGAGACCUUCUGAUAUCCAUUGUCGCUUUUGAGCUUAAUAUUUUAUGAAAUACUCAAAUGUUUGGAAAAAAUUAAACUGUCGUGUUUUUGGCAAAAGUUAAGCAAAUAUGAGAAUCACCGCCUGAUAGAAUAUAAGUCUAGUCUCAAUGGCCGUUAUUACUGUUACCGUUAGCAGCACAAUGACAUACUUGGUGCAUCCAACCUCGUAAAAAGUAAAAUUCUUAUCAUUUAGUGCUAUAUUUUUGUCAUUUUAUUUUACCAAAGCAACCUACAAAACAAGCUAAUAUUCCAGGAGUAAAAGGUUUUUUCAACUCACCCUGUUUUUCAUUUCGUCUUCAAAAAAUCUGCUAGAUGACUUGCUCAACUUUAGAUAUGUCUUUCAUUUCACAUCAAUAAUUAUUUAUAUUGAAAGAUUUAAGUUACAAUUGCUAAGUUUAAAAAUUUGAAACAUUCGAUCUUUUGUCAACAAAAGCUUUUGUUCAAGAAAUAGAGGGGAUGCUAUCAUUGCCGUGUAAAUUCUAAGAUCUCUGCUUUCUCAAUAAACGCACGUACGUGACAAAAGUAUUAGGACGAUGAAUAUCGAAAUGGCGACUAGUUCUGCGUUUCCAAGCAUCAAUCAAAGCUCAACCGAAUUCCACAAGAUGGAUCGACAUUCUUCCACUCAUUCUCCUCGGACUUCGGACAACUAUUAAAGCUGACCUCGGUUGUUCGCCUGCCCAAUUAGGCCACACUUAGGCCAAUGCAUAUCUCCUGUUUUCAAAUAACACAGUAGCAAAACACGACAUACGUCUCUUAACCAUCCACUUCGCUGUUUAAUAAUUUAUCCUUUGAGAUUGUUACUUUUUUUAACAACACAGGUGUUUAAAAUAUCUGAUACGCUGGUUUGUUUUGAAACAAGAAGUAUUUCGAAGUCAGUUUUUAAACAAUCUAAUCUUCCUUUGCAUUUACCUUGUGCAGCUCAUCAACAUCGCAAAGAGCAUAUAUAUUGUUUCGCUGGGAUCCACUGUCAUUUCGUGCCUUCCUGUUUUUUAAGAGUGCAAAUCUGUUUUUAAAAUCCCGAAAACGAAGCUGCCUUUCGAAACAGAGGUUCCGGGGCCAAACCGUAUCGGAUUCAUACGUUCACACGAGCUCAGGAUCGCGGCUCGUGUAUUGGUGCUAGUGCAGGCACCGUGUAGCCAUUGGGCUAGCAGGGGCUAUAGCCCCCCUCCCCACCUUUUUGAAAUAAUAGGUUAGCAGCUCUUCUUGACUGGAAACCUUUUUUGUUCAUUUUCUAGGUGUUUUAUCUUGUUUAAUGAUAUGAUGUAUUUUCUAACUUGGCGUGGUGUUUUAUUACCCUUAAACUAAUUUCAUCUAUUUUUAAUGUCUUGAUAUGUUCUAAAAAUGGGUGCGCCUCAAAAAUUUUCGGGCGCACCUAUUUCAGCUAAUCCACCUUUAGACUGGCGCGUGGUCCCUGGGCUAGUGGGGCUCAGCCCCACCAAAGAUUUCCAAAAACAAGUUUUAAAUUUACAUUUAUAAAUAUUUUAAACGUAAAUAAAAUCAACGUCCAUUAUUAUUUUAGCACAUUUCAACUGAUUCCGUUGCUUCGAGUUUCACUGUUUGUCCAUUCUCUAGUUUGUUUAGGUCCCACUGCCCGUGGUUCUUUUGAAAACUAGACAAACACGCGUAUCAGAAACCAUCUCUCGAGCUUUUGGGGCUAGCCCAAACGAAAAGGGGAUGCACCAAUCAAGUGCUCCGGCUUUUCAAUUGAUAACUGCUUUCUGAUUGGCCAAAUCUGCUCAAAUCUGCAUUCCUUUGGGGCUAGUUAAAACUAAUCCCAAGUGAUUCAAUUCAACGGUAGCUGGAUUGUUGUUGUUGUGAUAGGCAAUGUUGACAGUGGCGGCGCCAAGGGGUGGUAUGGGGGGAGGUAAUUACCCCCCUCCCCCACUUUUCUGAAAAUAUGGUCUAUAUAUUUAUUUUUAAAAUGGAUUAAAAACCGCUGGGUAGGGGUAGAUCAAAUUUCCUAAUGAAAGUUACCUAGGUACAAAUCACUAAAACGAGG